AUGGGCGAGUGGCAACAGCUCCUCCAGUCGAUAUUCCUAGGCCUCAUUUUCUCUUACCUUCUCGCCAAGCUCAUCGCCAUAGUCAUCUCCUUCAAAGAAGAUAAUCUCAGCAUCACUCGCGCGCACACUACUCCCACCGACAUCAAUCUACCCCGACCCAAACCCCAAUCCCAUGACGAUCCCCCUCGCUCAGCCGAUUUGACCUCCGCAGCAAUCGAGGCCGAAUCGGUCGUCGCAGAGCAUGGCAGUGUCAGGAACGAGAGCAGCGAAGCUGGAAGUGACGAUGACUGGGAAGGCGUGGAGAGUACAGAAUUGGACGAACUGUUCAGCGCAGCGACAGCGUUUGUUGCAUCAGCCGCGACGGAUCGCCAGAAGGUAUCGAACGAUGCGCAGUUGCAGCUCUAUGGGCUUUACAAGAUUGCUACUGAGGGUCCCUGUAGCGUGCCGCAGCCAUCGGCUCUGAAAAUGACAGCUCGCGCCAAGUGGCAAGCAUGGCAGAAAUUGGGUGCUAUGCCUCCUGAAGAUGCCAUGGAGAAGUACAUUGAUAUUGUUACGGAGCUAUAUCCUACUUGGGCAGCAGGUUUGACUGUGAAGAGCAGAGGCGGAGAUGGUAAUGCACCUGGUACAGAUUCUAACGGACCAAUGGGGCCAGUUUUCAGCACCUUUGUUUACGAGGAGGAAUCUGAAAAUGAUUCCAAGAUGGAUGCCAUUCAUGCCUUUGCCAGAGAAGGAGAAGUGGAUAAUAUGCUUAAAUGCAUUGAAAGCGGUGUUUCAGUAGAUCUGAAGGAUAGUGAGGGAAGGACCCCAUUGCAUUGGGCUGUGGAUCGUGGGCACCUGAAUAUGGCAGAGCUACUUGUUAGCAAAAAUGCCAAUGUUAAUGCGAAGGACAACGAUGGCCAAACUGCACUGCAUUAUGCUGUUAUGUGUGAUAGAGAAGGCGUUGCUGAAUAUCUUGUGAAGCAAAAUGCAGACACAGGUGCAAAAGACAAUGAUGGCAGCUCUCCGUGUGAUCUCUGCGAGUCAAACUGGCCUUGGUUGCAGCGUGCAAAGGAGUAG